AUGGCGUCUGUCAAAAGGAAAUUAUACCAGCGUUUGCUGUUCUUUCUCGUUUUUCUUCCAAUCUCAGGUGUUUUCUGCUUUAGCGAGUUAUUCUUCGUCAAGGAGCCCCACGAUGUCACUGCCAUGCGGAAAGAAGCGGUGAUCUUGGACUGUCAGGCGCGUGGAGAGGCAACCAUUGAUGUCAGAUGGCUCAAGAACGGAGUAAAAGUCGUGGAGAAUGAACGGGUGUACCUGUUCUCCAAUGGCUCCCUUUAUAUUUCGGAGGUGGAGAGCAGAAGAGGAGACAAAUCAGAUGAAGGGUUCUAUCAGUGCCUCGCUCAGAACAAGUAUGGAGCAAUCCUGAGCCAAAAAGCCCGUCUUACAAUCGCAAGUAUCUCCGCUUUUGCAAUCCAGCCGACAUCCAUAGUGGUGACUGAAGGCUCAGUUGCCAGGUUUUCCUGUAAAAUCAGUGCACACCCUCCUCCCAUCAUCACUUGGGAGUUCAAUCGGGUCACAUUACCCCUCACCACUGAAAGAAUCACAGCCCUGCCCAGUGGUGUUCUUCAGAUCCACGGGGUGCAGCGGGCGGAUGCUGGAAACUACCGCUGCGUUGCUACCAACAUUGCCAGCCGUCGCCGAAGCAUAGAGGCCACCCUCACUGUCACCCCAGCUCCCAGCCCCCAGCUUCCCCAGAGACCACGCAUCAUCGCCGGGCCACAGAACAUUUCGGUGUCACUGCACCAGAAUGCCAUCCUGGAGUGCAUGGCCACAGGCAAUCCCCGACCCAUCAUCUCCUGGAGCAGAGCAGACAGCAAGUCCAUUGAUGUUUACAACACCAAAGUGUUAGGAAACGGCAACCUCAUUAUCACAGACAUCAAGCCCCGCCACGGAGGAGUCUACAUGUGCAGAGCCACCACGCCCGGCACACGAAACUACACUGUGGCCGCUGCCAAUGUCACUGUACUAGCACCACCUUCCCUGUCGGAGUGGCCGGAGAGCCUGACCCGUCCCCGUGCUGGCACCGCCCGCUUUGUGUGCCAAGCUGAAGGAGUUCCCACGCCUCAGAUCACUUGGCUCAAGAACGGAAAGAAAGUUCACUCUAAUGGUCGGAUCAAGAUGUACAACAGCAAAUUGGUCAUCAACCAGAUCAUCCCUGAGGAUGAUGCCAUCUAUCAGUGCCAGGCAGAGAAUGAGCAGGGAUCGGUCCUCUCCAUGGCGAGGCUCAUUGUGGUGAUGUCAGAAGAUCGACCAAGUGCGCCCAGGAAUAUCCGAGCUGACACGGUGUCGAGCUCUGCCAUCCUUCUGGCUUGGGAGAGGCCUCUGUAUAACUCAGAUAAAGUCAUUGCCUAUUCUGUGCACUACAUGAAGGCUGAAGGAUUAAACAAUGAGGAAUAUCAAGUUGUCAUUGGAAACGAUACAACUCGGUACAUUAUUGAUGACCUGGAGCCAGCUCGCAACUACACCUUCUACGUGGUGGCCUACAUGCCCAUGGGAGCCAGUCGAAUGUCGGACAACGUGUUCCAGCACACGCUCGAGGACGUUCCCCUCCGUGCCCCGGAGCUCAGCCUCACCAGCCGCAGCCCCACAGACAUCCAGGUGUCCUGGCAGCCUCUUCCAGACAAGCUCAGCCGUGGCCGAGUCUCCGGCUACCGCUUGUCCUAUCGCACCAGCUCUGAGAGUGCAGUCUCACAGAUAGAACUACCUGGAGAAAAGACCCAACAUCUGCUGGAAAACCUGCAGCCUGACACCAUCUACCUUCUGCGUAUUGUUGCCGCCACCAGCGUAGGGUGGGGUGAGCAGUCUGCCUGGACGUCUCACCGCACUCCAAAGGCAUCCAGUGCUCGAGUUCCUCUGGCUCCCGAGCUGCAUUUGGAGCCUUUAAACUGCACCACUAUUUCAGCACGAUGGCAGUUGGCACCGAGAAACUCAGCCAGUGUGCAAGGCUACAAACUCUUCUACCACGAGGAGAGUCAGCCUGAGAGCGCCCCGUUGCAGCUGCGCGCCUCCGAUUAUGCCCACACCAUCGGGGGCCUCGACCCAAGGAGGAAGUACCACGUUAAACUUCUGGCUUACAAUGUUGUUGGAGAUGGAUACCAAGCAGACCAGACCAUCAGCACCCCUGGAUGUGUCUCUGUCCGAGAUCGCCUGGUGCCCCCUCCACCUCCGCCACACAACGUGUACGCAAAGACCAACAGUUCGACUGCUGUCUUUCUGCACUGGGGCAGACCAGCCUUCACCUCCAGCAAUGCAGUUAACUACACCGUCCGCUGCAACCCAGUCGGCCUGCAGAACGCCUCGCUGGUGCUCUACCUGCAGACGAAUGAGCAGAACCUCCUGGUGCGAGACCUGGAGCCCAACACCAAGUAUGAAUUUGCCAUUCGCCUGCAUAUUGACCAGCUGUCCAGCCCCUGGAGCCCUGUGGUCUAUCAGAGCACUCUCCCUGAAGCUCCCAUGCUGCCACCUUCCAGCGUCAAAGUGACUCUGAUCGAGGAGGACACGGCGCUGGUUUCGUGGAAGCUCCCAGAAGAAUCCAAUGUGGCUGUGACUCACUACACAAUCCUGUACGCCUCUAGAAAUGCCUGGAUAGCCGGUGAAUGGCAAGUUCUGCAAAGAGAAGGGAGCAUCACCAUGGCGCUGCUGGAGAACCUGAAGCCCGGUCUGGUGUACUUGGUGAAAGUUUCUGCGUCCAACAGCAUGGGGGAUGGACCGUUUUCUCACGCGGUGGAGCUGACGGUGCGAACAGAUCUCUCCUCAGGCCAUGAUCACCGGCUCUCUCGUGGCUCCACACACUCAACAGCCUUUUCUGACGGCUUCUACCACCUGGACCAGAAGUCGAUGACGGGUAUCAGCGUGGGCGUCUGCAUCGCUCUCAUCUGCAUCAUAAUCUGUGCUUUCAUCAUCAUCUGCAGAGGCAAAAAUAGGAAAUUUUCGGCUGUUAAAACGUACAGAGAAGGGGUGAACGCAUCUGCAGCUGCUGCAGCACAUCUGGGCUCUGAGGGGCAAGCCGAGAGCGCUGAUGUGACCGUGCCAAUGAUGAGUCAAAGUUAUUUCAUUGAUGCCAAGGGUGGAACAAAUCUCAUCAUCAAUUCUCUCGGCCCUGUUCAGUCCAGUGCUGAGAAGAAAAGAAAAUGGUUUUCCUUUGGCAGUAACGUGAAAAAGGAUUGCACACCAAUGCAGAAUGUGAGACACAGCGCUGCGUCUUAUCAUCACGGAGCCACACUGUUGACCUACGAGGAGGAGUUUUCCAUGUCUCAGAACCAGCCCCCGACCCUGCAGGCCCUGCUUGGGCAUCCCGGCGACGCAGAGGGAUCUUCUAACAGCGAAGGCAGCCACGAAACCGGCGACUCGGGUCGCUACUCUCACGACGAGACGGAGUUGACCAACCUGUCUGGUCCCAGCAGCCGGCCGCCGUCUCUGACAGCGGAGGACGGCGGAGAUUCAGACUGCAGUGGGCCCGCUGAAGAGCCGAGCGAGCUGUCGGAGGAAAGUCCGACUGACGUGAAGGUGAUGGAGUCUGUCGAUACCAGCUGCUGUGAACAUGAAGCCCAGAGCGUUUCGCAGUCUGCACUUUCUGUCUAA